UGUUCAGUUUGUGUUCAGUGUAACUACGUGUGUGCUUAGAAUAAAUUAUGGAAAUUUUAAGUUGGCGAUUUUUUGCUUUAUGUUUAUUUUAUUUAGUUUUAAUACGAAUUUUUCGCAUAUUUUACGAUAAUUAUAUUAGUAGUUCAUCUAACAGCAAUGAAUAAUACUUUCUUCUACUAAAUAACUUUGAAAAAUAAAAUUUAUAUUAUUUUAAAAUGUUAAAUUUUAUAAGAAAAAGGGAAAAAACAUUGAUAAAAAAAUAUUUCCAUUAUAUAAAUACAAAAACAAUAGUAAAUAUAAACUAAUAAAUCAUUAACUAGUGAAAACUAAAAAAACCUUAAAUAAACAAAUAAAAAUUCUAAUACUCUCAAUCACUCUCUUCAUUUAACCCAAAGUCACCGUCACCGUCUGUCAAAAAGUCACACUCUCUCGAUUUGUAUUUAAAUGAUGUUGCAAACAGUUCGUUUUGAUGUUGAAUCAUCACCGUUUUUAUUCACGUUAAAAAAAUAACAAAUAUUACCUGGAAUUUUCACUACUACAACUACAACAACAGUUAUUUCUCAACAUUUACUCACCAAAACAAAACACCAACAACAUAUAAGAGCAGUUAAUUCUCAUUAAACAAUAACAACACCAGCCAGCCUUCAGUCAGCAUCUUUAAUAUUUUGUUUUAUUUAUAAUAUUUUAUUUAUUCAUUAUGAGUGAUACAACCUAUGACAACAGCAGUAACGCAAACGAUAUGGAGGCCGAAGAUGGAUUUGCUUCAUCAAUGCUUACUUUUGCAGCCAUUAUGACUCUGCUGAUCAUGGUUGUGGGAAUUUUUGGUAAUUUUCUCACCGUUGCAGCUUUAAUUAAAUGUCCGAAAGUCCGUAAUGUAGCAGCAGCAUUUAUAAUGAGCUUAUGUAUAGCAGAUCUAUUAUUCUGCGCUUUAGUUUUGCCAUUUAAUGCCUAUCGCUUCAUUGAAGGGACCUGGGAACCUCGAGAUGUUCUCUGCAAGAUGAUACCAUUUAUACAAUAUGGAAAUAUUGGUGUUUCCCUUCUAUGUAUUGCUAUGAUCACCAUUAACAGAUAUGUCAUGAUUGCCCAUCAUAGUUCAUAUGGAAAAAUCUACAAAAGACAUUGGAUUGCAGCCAUGAUAAUAUUCUGUUGGGUGUUUUCAUAUGGCAUGCAACUGCCAACACUAGUCGGUGCCUGGGGCACUUUCGGUUAUGAUAAAAAACUAGGAACUUGUUCUAUAUUAGAAGAUGACCAUGGCCAUAGCAGCAAGACCACAUUGUUUGUGACAGCCUUUGUAAUACCGUGCAUAAUAAUUAUAGCAUGUUAUACGAAAAUUUUCUGGGUGGUACACAAGUCGGAGCAGCGUUUAAAGCGGCAUGCCAAUAAACAAAAUUCCAUACCAAAUAAUUUGAGAACAACGCCCGUUGCUACGGGCAGCAAUAUUGAAACGGGUAAUGGUCAAAGCAGAGUAUCUUCCGCCGACAGUAGUAGUUUUUCAACAGACGUUAAACACGAAUCGGUGCAAAAACAAACGACUCGCGUCAAGGAUCAAAGGGAGGUGAGAGCGAAACGAAAUGAAUGGCGCAUUACUAAGAUGGUGCUGGCAAUAUUUUUGAGCUUUGUCAUUUGUUAUUUGCCCAUUACUAUUGCCAAGGUGGCCGAUCAAGAUGUUGAGCAUCCCAAUUUUCAUAUACUCAGUUACAUUAUGUUGUAUCUGUCGGCCUGCAUCAAUCCUAUUAUUUAUGUCAUCAUGAAUAAGCAGUAUCGUAAAGCCUACAAAACAGUAAUUAUGUGUCAGCCGGGACGUUUAUUGCCAUUUGGCAAACAUGCUGGUGGUGGUGGCAACAAUGGCAGUAGUGUGGCAGAGAAAUGGAAAGAUACCGGAUUGAACCGCAUGUCGCACAGUCGCACAAUGGUUUCGGCAGUGGACCAACAAAAUACCAGCUUCAGCAGUUCCGUCCAAUUGCCAGCUAUGGAACUGAGCAGCAAACCGAACGAAACAAAAGCCAAAGAUACGAUAGAAUCAAUACCGGUGACGUUGCAGGCAGCAGAGUCCACACCGAUUCCGACAUCUAUGGAGAACGCGAGCAAACCAGAAACUCAGAACACCGAAGAACUGGUGGUGGCGCCAUCGACAAACGAACAAAUGCCCAUAGCCACUCCUGCCCAGAGUCACAGCAAGAAUACCAAUAUCACCAACAACAACAACAACCAAAGCGAACAAGUCAACCUUCCAACGAAUAUCAUAACGCCAAGGACCAUCAAACGCAUAGCCCUGGUGGGCGGAGAUAUAAUUUUGGAGGAAGAGGAGGAAGAAGAGGAGGAGGAAACGCAGGCAGCGAGACAGAUGACAGUCAAUCAGCCGGCCGAAGAGGAGAAAAAAGAACAGACGAUAAUGCCAAUAUCAACGCCACCUCCACCGUCCACUGUGAGCCAACGGCCGACGCCAGUGUACGUGAAUGCGAGUGUAUUGCACCAGAAGAAAAACCCAUCUUACGGUCAGAACAUCAACGUCAUUCCAGAUAAUAAAAAUUCCACAAAACUUUUAACCAAACCGAAACUUUAAAAGACUACUUUACAAUGCUUUAAUUACAUAAAUAAUUACGAGUAAAUAUCUAAUUGGUUAAUCAAACAUUCCAUUUACAAUUAGACCGAUCGAUGUUUAUAAGAAUUAUCGAUUUUUAUACUCUCGUGCUGAUUUUAAGUCAAUAUUAAAAUUUAAAAAAAAUAUUAAACAUUCCAAGCAAUUACAAAUUUUGUUUAAGAUAUACAUACAUAAAUAAAUAUACAUAGUAUAAAUAAUAAUUAAUUAGUUCCAUAAUCUUAUUUUAUCUACACAUAAGUUUUGUAUUUAUUUAUUAUACCUUUACAAUUAUAUUUAUGUAUUAAAUUUUAUAUUAUUAUUAAGGUUUUAAUCGAAUCGUGCCUAUAUUUAUAUAACAGCAAUACAAUACCAUAUAAUUAUUUACUAAAUACUUUUAAAUUUUUUAUCUUAUCUAAAA